AUGGCCGACGAGGUGGUGUCAUGGCUGCCAACGAGGUGGCGUCAUGGCUGCCAACGAGGUGUCAUGGCUGCCGAGGCGUCAUGGCUGUUGACAAGGCGGUGUCAUGGCCGACGAGGCGGUGUCAUGGCUGCCAACGAGGUGUCAUGGCUGCCAAUGACGUGUCAUGGCUGCCGAGGCGUCAUGGCUGUUGACAAGGCGGUGUCAUGGCCGACGAGGCAGUGUCAUGGCCGACAAGGCGGCGUCGUGGCUGACGAGGUGGUGUCAUGGCUGCCAACGAGGUGUCAUGGCUGCCGAGGCGUCAUGGCUGUCGACAAGGCGGUGUCAUGGCCAACGAGGCGGUGUCAUGGCCGACGAGGUGGCGGUGUCAUGGCUGCCGAGGCGUCAUGGCUGUCAACAAGGCGGUGUCAUGGCCAACGAGGUGGCGGUGUCAUGGCUGCCAAGGCGUCAUGGCUGUUGACAAUGCGGUGUCAGGGCCGACGAGGCGGUGUCAUGGCUGCCAACAAGGUGUCAUGGCUGCCGAGGUGUCAUGGCUGUCAACAAGGCGGUGUCAUGGCUGCCAACGAGGUGUCAUGGCUGCCAAUGACGUGUCAUGGCUGCCGAGGCGUCAUGGCUGUUGACAAGGCGGUGUCAUGGCCGACGAGGCAGUGUCAUGGCCGACAAGGCGGCGUCAUGGCCGACGAGGUGGUGUCAUGGCUGCCAACGAGGUGUCAUGGCUGCCGAGGCGUCAUGGCUGCCGAGGCGUCAUGGCUGUUGACAAUGCGGUGUCAGGGCCGACGAGGCGGUGUCAUGGCUGCCAACGAGGUGUCAUGGCUGCCGAGGCGUCAUGGCUGUUGACAAGGCGGUGUCAUGGCUGCCAAUGAGGUGUCAUGGCUGUUGACAAGGCGGUGUCAUGGCUGCCAAUGAGGUGUCAUGGCUGUUGACAAGGCGGUGUCAUGGCUGCCAACGAGGUGUCAUGGCUGCCGAGGCGUCAUGGCUGUUGACAAGGUGGUGUCAUGGCCGACGAGGUGGUGUCAUGGCUGCCAACGAGGUGAUGUCAUGGCCGAUAAGGCAGUGUCAUGGCUGCCAAUGAGGUGUCAUGGCUGCCGAGGUGUCAUGGCUGUCAACAAGGUGGUGUCAUGGCUGCCGAGGUGGUGUCAUGGCUACCAACAAGUUGUCAUGGCUGCGGAGGCGUCAUGGCUGUUGACAAGGUGGUGUCAUGGCUGCUGAGGUGGUGUCAUGGCUGCCAACAAGGUGUCAUGGCUGCCGAGGCGUCAUGGCUGUUGACAAGGCGGUGUCAUGGCCGACGAGACGAUGUCAUGGCUGACGAGGCGUCAUGGCUGUCGACAAGGCGGUGUCAUGGCCGACGAGGCGGUGUCAUGGCUGCCAACAAGGUGUCAUGGCCGACAAGGAGGUAUCAUGGAUGCCAAGGUGAUGUCAUGGCUGAUGAGGCGGUGUCAUGGCUGCCAACGAGGUGGCAUCAUGGCUGCCAAGGCAGCAUCAUGGCUGACGAGGUGGUGUCAUGGCUUCCUAGGUGAUGUCAUGGCUGCCAAGGUGGUGUCAUGGCCGACGAGGUGGUGUCAUGGUUGCCGAGGUGAUGUCAUGGCCGACAAGGCAGUGUCAUGGCUGCCAAGGUGAUGUCAUGGCCGACAAGGUGGUGUCAUGGCUGCCGAGGCGGUGUCAUGGCUGCCAAGGUGAUGUCAUGGCCGACAAGGCGGUGUCAUGGCUGCCAUAGGUGGUGUCAUGGCUGCCGCCACAGGUGGUGGAGGUGUGAUGGCCGCCCCCAUUGAUGCCCCGCCCCCUGGGCGCCACAACGCCGCGCGGUGACGUCAUCACCGCAACACCGCCAUCGUGAUGUCACCACGCUGCCACCGCCGCCACAUGACCGCUCUGAUGAUGUCACCAGUGCAACUUCACCACUGUGAUGACGUCACCGCCACCACACGACCACAGUGAUGACGUCAGUGCCACACUACGACCACCAUGAUGACAUCACCACCAUAAUUCGACCGCCAUGAUGAUGUCACCACCGCCAUACAACCACCGCAUGGUUGUAUUGUGACAUGAUAUGACCGCCAUGAUGACGUCACCACCAUAACUGGACCACCAGGAUGACAUCACUACCACCACACGACUGCCCUGACGCUGCCAGUGCUACAAUACAACCGCUGUGAUGACGUCGGUGCUGCAAGACGACCAUGGCGAUGACGUCACCACCAUAAUUUGACCGUCACGACGACGUCACCACCAUAAUUGGACCCCCAUGAUGACAUCACUACCACCAUACGACCGCCCUGACGCUGCCAGUGCCACAAUACGACCGCCACAAUGACUCCACCACCACCGCGGCGAUGACGUCACCACCACCGUACGACCACCGUGAUGACGUCAGUGCCAUAAUAUGACCGCCACAAUGACAUCGCUGCCACAAUACGACCGCCACAAUGACAUCACUGCCACAAUAUGACCGCCACGAUGACGUCAGUGCCACAAUACGACCACCACGAUGACGUCAGUGCCGCAAUACAACUGCUGUGAUGACAUCAUCACCACCACACCACUGCCCUUACGCUGCCAGUGCCACAAUACGACUGCCACAAUGACUCCACCGCCGCCACGCGACCGUCACGAUGAUGUCAGCACCAGAAUUUGACCGCCGUGAUGACAUCACCAACAUAAUUUGAGCGCUGGGAUGACGUCACUGCCAUAAUUUGACCGCCAUGAUGAUGUCACCACCACCACAUAACCUCCCUGACGCCGCCAGUGCCCCAAUACGACCGCUGUGAUGAUGUUGGUGCUGCAAGACGGCCGCGGCGAUGACGUCACUGCCAUAAUACCGCCGCCACGAUGACGUCACCGCCGUAAUUUGACCGCCACAGAGACAUCACC